AUAGGCUAUAACAGUAGUCGAAGAUUUGAUUACCGAGUGACUCAUCUUCUCUGCAAUAAAGCAUUAUGUCCGGGUUAGGCCACGCCCACUGCCUCCCACCUGCAGAGCAGUUAGCAGCUGGACACGUCAGGAUGAGUCUGCCGGACUACAAACCCUCAGAGAAACAGUCUCUACCCACCCUCCCGCACUCUCCUGUGGUGCAGCUGAACGUGGGGGGGCACUUGUUCAGCACCGCUCUGAGCACGCUCCGUAAACACCCCGACUCCAGGCUGGCUGAGCUGUUCAGCUCUCCGCCCAAACUACGCUCCGACCCUCUGGGACGCUACUUCAUCGACCGCGACGGGUCGCACUUCGGAGCCGUCCUCGACUUCCUGAGAUCCGACUGCCUGCCAACACACAGCACCAAGGAGGUUCACAGAGAGGCGGUGUACUACAACAUCAGACCCCUGGUGAAGCUCCUGGAGGAGAGCCCUCCUCUGUUUGGAGAGCUGGUGGGCCGGCAGCAGUUCCUUUCCAGAGUCCCCCACUACAGGGAGAACAUCGAGGUGCUGAUUCGUAUCGCCAGAGCCGAGGCCAUAGCCGCCCGCCAGUCCACCAUCAUGAUAUGCGUGCUGCGCACAGAGGAGGACUUGGGUCUCUAUGAUAACGCCAUCAACAGCCUGGAGUCAAAUAAGGAGUCGGUGGUGACGUUCGGACCCUGGAAGGCCGCGCUGUCCGUCAAAGACCUGCUGGACUGUGUGAAGCUGGACAUCGAGAGUCAGGGCUACAGUGUGAGCAUCCAGCGCCACGCGGUGGAGAGGAGCUUCCUGUCUACCAGGAGCUACGACUACUUCCACAAACUCAUCUUCACCUGGUGGUGAUGACAGGGGCUGCUUUCACCUGCUUCUUAAGAAACUAGAUUAAAAACAACAGACAGCAAUUUGAUAUUUUACAAUUUGGAAUAGACCAAGUUAAUCCAAGUCGUUCCUGUCAGGGAAUAAUUUCCAUACAUGUUUACCUUUCGCCCUCUGACGCAGAUGCCCAGCCUUGGGCAGCAAGUUAUUGUUGUUACCAGUUUGUGACCGGGCAGCUCUCGGUCAGAGAUAGUUAUUGUUGUGGGACACCUGGAACACAUCCUUCUCGGGGUGUAGAGGACCCCGAGCCAUAAGCGACAACAAAUGUGAUUCAGUGUCCUCAGCUGUUUAGUCUCUCUAUUGAAGAAUGUUGAUUAUUACACUCUGAACUAGUUAAAACGUGGAGCUACAGGAGGGCUCUUCAGAAUUGAUUGUGGCAUCUCAACCGUGUGGUCAACUCGUGGCCCGUGACAUGUCUUCUGAAUUCUCCGGCCGAAGCUCCAAAUACACCGUCAGUGUUCGCCAUCAAAGCUCCAGCUCGUGUCUCUCUGAGUCCUGACUCCCUAUUGCUUCAGAAGUUUCCCCCACAGUUCCUAAAUACUUUUAAAGUCUGGGAGCAUGUUUAAGCCUCCAUGUGAAAGGGUCGCUCAAGCACGUUUAUAUAGUCACUAUUAUCAUUAUGUACUAAAUGUUGAUUGCAUAAUGUGAUGGGUAUAAAAUAAUGACACUUUGA